AUGCUUUUUGUUUUCCGUAACUUGGCUCGGAGAAGUCUUCCAUAUCAUACCGCUUCCGCUAGGCCUUGGAUCAAUAAUUUGCCUACAAAAUUAUCAAUACGCCCCAGCCCUUCAGAUCUAACUCUUGGAGUUCCUACAAUGGAUCGUGGAAUUAAAAGAAAAGCCGAAAUCAUAUCAGAGCCGCCAAAAAAGACCAUCAAAAUCGAUGAUUACUGCAGUACUCCCGUCCGUCGUACUUCCGCAGGCGAAGAGAUUUGGCCAGCGCCACGUGAUCAACUAGAAUCUGCCUACAAAUUCAUCCGAGAAUGCGCAACGGCUCAGAAACCCACUCUUAUUGUGCCGGAUAAAGAUGCAGAUGGAUUGAGUGCUGGGGUAAUCAUGUAUCGUACUUUGAUAAAACUCGGACUUGAAGAAAAGAAUUUGAGUGUUCAUUUAGUGCGGAAAGGUUCGAAUAUCCAUGAAGAAUACGAAAGAAAGGCAAUGGCAGAAAUGAAACCUAGCUAUGUGAUUGUUUUAGACCAGGGAAGUCGACGAGGUUUACCUGUCAUUGAUGAUGAGAGUGCGAAAUGUAUGAUCAUUGAUCAUCAUUUAAGUGAUGACUUUCCCAAGAAUGCGACUGUUGUUUCAGGCUGCCAUUGCCCUCCAGUUCCAACGACAGCUCUCAUGACUUACGAAAUUUGUAAAGAACUUCAUUCUGAUAUUGCUCAAGAAUGUGGCUAUCUUUGCGCAAUCGGAACACAUGGUGAUCUAGGAAAUACCAUAAAAUGGAUACCCCCAUUUCCAGAUAUGAAAGACACUUUUAAGAAACAUACAAAAAAGCUCAUUAAUGAUUGUGUUUCUUUGAUUAACGCUCCACGAAGAACUGGUACUUAUGAUGUUAUUACUGCUUGGAAAGCACUACUCGGAGCCAAAGAUCCAAAAGAAAUCAUGACAGAUAAGAGGCUCGCCGAAGCAAGACGCGAGAUCAAUGAAGAGGUUGAGAAACAGACUCAUACACCACCAAAAUUCAGUAAAGAUGGGAAAAUUGCGGUGUUGAAAAUCGAAAGCGAGGCUCAAGUCCACCCGGUUAUUGCUACGCGAUGGGCCGGCUUCUUGAAAUCUAAAGCCCUAGAAAUAGUCAUGGUGGCAAAUUAUGGCUACUUGCCCGGCAAGGUAAAUUUCUCAUGUCGGAUUGCUAGAUGUGCUCGAGGUCGCGAUCCACCAGUCAAUAUUAUCGAGUCAUUAAAAGCAGUGGCCAAUUUGGAUACUACAGAUUUAGUUGAGCGAUUAGGAGAGAACUUUGCUCGUGGCCACAAGGAGGCCUCAGGUGGAAUUGUCAAUUCUGCUGAAUUCGAAGAAUUAUGUGAGCUAAUGAAGGUUGGUGAAAAAGCCGAAAAGUCGGAGCAAGAGGCAUUGACAAAGAAAUUCGGCAAGUCACCACAGAAAAACACCUUGAAUACUUAUUUCAUAAAGACUUGA